AAGAUAUUAACAAAGACUGAUAAUACAAUAAUCAAACAGGUUAUAAAUAAACUAAAUAUUAAUAUACAAUUUUUCGUAGUAAACGUUAUAAUAGACUGUAAUGAUUUAAAAAAAAAAAGUAGCAAUGCCGACGUACGGUUAUUGGUCAAAAACGAUUUACUACAGACUGUGACGCCAUCUUUGCCUGUCAAAUAUUGGCGGUUUGAAAGUCGCGCGGUUUUCUCUAAGAUUUGGCGGCAGUGUUAAUUUGUCUGCUAAUUUGCGCUCGGGAAACAUAGCGAUACGAAAUGCGAGAGUGAAAAGUGAAAAGAAAAUAAGUGAACAAAGGAAUUCACCGGAAGCUAACCUUUCUGAUAUUUUGGUUCGGUGGACGGAUAUCAUAGACGAAGUCCUUCUUGGUCAUCUUCUCGCUGAUAUUGCGGUUGCAUCGCAGAUUAUACUUGACAACGUCUCCCGCCAUCGAGUUUCGCAAUGGAUUUUUGCAGCCGUGGAUGCUUGGAUCGCACAAGGAUAAAGCGCGGAGAUCACGGGUCCAAGAUCUCUGUUCAAGGACCGAUCGAUGCGAGACCAGAACCGUCGGCGAAACUGGUGUUGCCACCUCUCGGCAUCGCCCAGCAGCGUUCAAGAUAGUCCUGCACACUGUCUUCUUACCUUACGAACAAGAUUGAACAACAAUUGAAAGGCGUCGUCAGCAAUUAUCACGAGGCUGAGGAAGCAUGGAGGGGACAAAGGACGCGGUCAAUGACGACUCCCAGGGAUCAGAGACUCCACAGCAGCCUGGUGAAGCGACAGACCAACCGGAGAGACUGCGAGUCCUCUCGGUGGACAAGGUCACCGUCGAGAAAUACGUGUUAGAGUCCUCUUCCGGGUCUCGCGAAGUGUUCCUGACGAAAAACGAGACAUCCCGAAAACUGUCGAUCAAAUCCGAGCCCUCGAAAGCAGCUCCAACGAAACCAGAUCCUCCAAAACCGAGCCAUCGUGUCUCUCUCCCUGAAGAGACACUAUUGAAGGACGUCUCUAGCCCUUCGUCGACUUUUAAGAGCCCAGGGAACAGCCUGGAGAAGAGGAUCAAGCCGAUCAGGCUGACGAAGAGCCCCUCCAUUGGCAGCAUCGUGGUCAAGAAUAAAAUUCCUCCCAAGGUCCCAGCGAAACCGAUCCUGAAGACCCCUGUCCUUGAACCUGAAGCUCCAGAGAAGCCAAAGGACCCCGAAAAGCCCGAAGAUUCGAAGGACCCGAAGGUAGAGGAUCUAGAGAAGAAGGAAAAGGACGCCAAGGAUCGGCUGGAGCGAAGCCAGUCGAAGAUAGAGGACCUUCAACAGCACCUGAGUACCAGGAUCGACGCCACCACGGCGGAGCAGUACAAGAAGUUGUUGGAGCUGAGGGCUAGCUGCGGUCUGAAGGUCGUGGUUGAUUCGAACGCGAACGAGAAGCCGCUGGCUGAAUUCGAUGAAGAGUUCUUACGUAGACAAAGUCUGGACAAGCAGUUGAGGAUCGAGGAGCAGGAUCUGGGGCUUGAAGAAGCGGAAACGGACACCCAGAGAAGGCCCAGCUACUCGAAGAAGGUCUCCGAAGUGGAGAAGCGUUGGUCAGGCGAGUUUCUGGAGCGACGUCGAUCCUCUGAGUCCUCGAAGUCCUCGUACAUAGAGGAGCUAGGUAGCGUCUCUUCAAGGGACAGCGUCGAAGAGGACCACAGGGCCUUGUUCAGUGAGGGUGCCGAUGAUCGAGGGUCGAUCACCGAGCCGGAGGAGGCGCUGACAGUGGUAAGCAGUGACCUGGUCAGCACCGUAGACUCUGAUUCUUGCCUAGAAGACAGGAUCAAGGCCGUGGACGAGGACAUCGAGAGGAUCGACGAUGAAGAAGACGACGAUGUUCACCGAAGGAUUCCGACUGAUAAGCAUCAGUGGAGGAAGGAUCGGAUCCUAGAGUUGAUGCAGGACCACAGAAUAGCAUCCUCGACGGACUCCAUCGACCUCUUCAUCAACAGGAGCUCACCGGGCAGGGACGGUUACGCAAACUUGAUCCGCGAGUUCAGCAUGGAGGUCGGCUGCUCGAGGAAGAAAGAGGAGAAGCAGAAGAAGAAGCUGGGCCUGCGCAGACUGCUGCCCGGUUUCUUCUCGCCUAAAGACUCGCGCAAGGACUACAAGAAGAAGGAGGCCAAGGAGAAGAAGAGGCAGGACGACAGGCACUUCGCCAGAUAUCAGCAGAACGGCAACUACACGCGCUCCCCGGAUACCAUGAACUUGAACGAGGACAUCAAAAGGAACGUGAAACUGGACAACAGUCUGAACGGGUCCAUGAUAGAGGAACGCCUUGACGAGAUCAAAAGAGAGCUCUUCCCAGACCAAGGUCCCAUCACUAGUACUCCGGAUCACUUAGCUAGAGACGAUGGGCAAGCCUUGCUGAGAGACAGAGCUGGUCAGCCUAGGUCUUACACCACAGACUCCAGCCUCAGCUCCAUAGCUCCGGAUGACCGCUGGGCUGAAAGGAACGCUUUAGGGAUCUCUCCGGACAUCAGGAAGUUUGAGCAGAGACAGAAGCGCGAGGAAUUCGGACGAGGACAAUUGGAGCGCAAGCACAGUCUUCAGGAGCCUAAUCACCAUCGGUACUUUUUCCAUAGAAACCAUGGCCCUUCAGGAAGGAUCUCUGCGCCACCUACUGAACGGUAUUUAGUCAGGCCUAGAGCCAUUCAUCCAGUAGACAGACCACUGCCAGCCAUUCCCCAUUCGAGGACUGACCUGUACGAGAACUACCUCGAAGAGAACAGAGAAGCUGAUAACAUGUACGUCCAGAAGACAUUCUCGAACGUUGGACUCUACGAGAACGACAACGCUUCGGGGUUGAUCCUAAAGUCAGUGUCCGCUCAAGUGAAGAUCACCAGGCAGCCUAUCGUGAACCCCAAUAACCGAACUCCAGUAGCCAGGUCGCCCAAGUACCCUUCUCCAGGGUCUAGCCAGAAAUCCGGAGACUAUGCCGACUCCAGCUGUACGCCUAACUCCAGCCAGAAGAGCGAAUUCUCGCCGUCCAGCUCCAAGAGCGGCGAGUAUUAUCUUCAGUCUCCUGGAAACUCGCCGACGAACACGAAGGAUCUUGACGAACGCGAUGGGAUCUACGAGAACGAGAAGUCGCCCUCUAGGUCCUCUACCAGAUGCAUGGACGAAAGGAUCUAUGACGUGACGCCAUCAUCACCUGGCCAUUCGACACCCAUCAAUCAAGAGAGGCCUUCGGAGUCUACUGGCCUUAGUCCCUCGAAAAGCUCUCAGAGCGUAGACAGGUCUCAACGAUUAGAAGGGAGGUCAUUGGACAUUUGUCCAGGUGCAGGACCUUGUUCUCCAGGUGCACAGGGCAAGGUCAGAACACAGCCAGCGCCUAGAAGAGCACAGCCUAACGAUCAGAUCCUAAUAGCAUCCCCCAAGAGGGAUCCACCUUACGAAUCUAGGAUCCCCAGGCCUUCCAAUGAUCCUAGGUCAGUCGAAUCUCCAGGGUCAGCUAGGCUUCAGUCUUCCGGACCCAUGGUCCCCAAACAGGAUUACUCUCCACCUAGGAUGACCUUCUCCCAAGGUUCUGUCUCGAAUUUUCCCGCGGAGAUGCCUCGGCCACAGCCAGUUUACGUACAAAGGGGGGAUAUCAGUCCACCUGGAGACUACAGACCCAACCUACAGAAGAAGGAGGAGGACAGGGUAGCCUGGGUCCAGGGUAGAACCUCUUCCCCCACUCCUGCACCUAGACCAGAGCAAAGUCCUCAACGAAGUCAGGUCCUGGAGAAGACGAACCGCUUGGACCUGCAAAUAGAGGUCCAGAGGCAGCCCCAGCAAGUCCAGAGACCCAAGAUCUCACCAGGUCAGGUGAAAAGCAGGGUCUCCAGCCCUGGACAGAGAGAGUCCCGCUCCCCUGAUCAGCAGCGCCGGCCAGACGAGGUCCUGUACGUCCAGCGAGUGCCAGAGCCGGUGUACGCGCAACGUGGGGCGACUUCCCCGUCGAAGCAAGAGACCAGGCAGCACCUGGAGGCCUUCUACUGGCAGCAGAAGGCUCUGGAGGCUCAGAGGAAGUCGGUUACCUCGCCGACAGCGACCAACCUCCGGCAGAUCGGGAGGAAGAUCGACUUGCCCGAGGUGAGAGAGGCUGUGUACUGGCAACAGCUGAAGAAGCUGGACGAGGAGCAGCAGAGGAGGAUCUACGAGCAGAACAUGGCCGAAGAGGUAGUCCAUAGAGCUAAGAGCCCAGCCAGAUCUAGACAAGGCACCCUCCGAGCUCCUGCUGCCUGUGGAGAACCUAAUCCUUGGCAAGACAGCAUGAGGAGGGGGAAGGGUAUCGUAAGUGGUAAGCCGCCGCUGAUGCAGAGCCAGAAAGGGCCUAACCAGCCGGUGCUGAUAGUCAGGCCCCAGCAAGCGAUCAGGGACCGCAGGGAACUUCAGACGAAGCCUUUGGACCCUGACAGACUAGAAGCUCAGAGGUCCAAGAGCGCCUCCCCCCAUUUCCAUAGAGGCAACGAGCCUCAGAGGAAGCCUGAAGCUGCGAGCUACGAGGAGUCCAACGAUCCUGAUGCCAAGGUUCCUCAUCCCAUAUUCAAAAGAGGGAGUCUCAUCAGCGGCGAGUCCGUUGACUAUGGGACCACUGGGGGCGCCAAGAGGGUCAGUUUCUCUAAUCAGUCUUCUGUGGGCCAGGAUCUAGCUACCGGAAACUGGCCUACCAAACAUGGCACUGCUCCUGAACCCCCUACCAGGAGACAUCGUAGCGAAGAUAGCACUUCGGACACGGAUUCGGUGUUCUCUCAACAUGAACGUCGCGAACAAGCACACUGCGCUGAAUCCGAGUACGACGCUGAUAGACCUUUGCCCCCUCUGCCAAAGGAUUCAACCUCCAGGACACCUGGCGCUGUCAGGAGCAACGUUCUUGGGGAUCUCAGGUGGCAGGACCCUCGGAGGGCUACCAGUCCUCCCGGCACUGACCCCAUGCGACUGCCUCGUCAGAAGGAAGAGGAGUGGAACUCGGAUGGCAAGGGUCGACAGUCCAACGACAUCGGUGGGUCCGGCAGGGGGGAGGGUGAGGCAGGCUCGAACGAAAUACCGAGUGGUAGAAGAGGCGGUGGUGGCGGUGGCGGCAACGUGGGCAGCGGAGGGGGCGGCGGAGGAGGAAGCAUAUUGGGGGUCGGAGGAGGCGGCGGCAGCGUCGGCGGGGGCGGCAGGAGCGGGUCCGGGGGUGGGGGCCGGUCGAGGGACGAGCCGAGGAGGCACACCCUCGGCGGCGAUCACCAGCCCUCCCUGCAUCAUCAGCAGUUCAACGCGGCCCAGCAGCUGCACCCCCUUCAUCCCCAUCAUCUGCCGCCGCCACACGGCCAGUACGGCACGCCGCCCACGCUCCACACAACCAUGGAUCUCGAGAUGGGGACCAAGUCUCGCCAGAGAAAGUCGCCUCUUCCGCGCGGUUUCCCGCCUCCCAAUUCGGCGAUGUUGUUCGAUGACGACCCGGGCAUCAUGUCCGAGGUGGAGACAUCGAGCACCGGAUUUAGACGGGGUGGCAAACAGAGAAGCAGCCUCCCCGUCGUACGGACCCCCAGCAAGACUUUGGAGCGACCAUUAGGUCUAGUGUUCCUGCAGUAUAGGAACGAGACGAAGCGGGCGCUCCUGCCGAACGAAAUCACGAGCAUAGACACGGUCAAGGCGCUAUUUGUCAGAAGCUUUCCGAAGCAACUCACGAUGGAAUACCUAGAUAGUCCUCAUGUCAAAGUUUAUAUACACGACAGCAACAAGGACAUGUUCUACGAGCUCGAGGACCUCAGAUCUCAUCUGCGAGACAUACGGGAUCGCAGCGUGCUGAGACUGUUCGAGAGCUCGGACGGCGUGACCGGGAUGCCGGGCCCGCUGGGAAUACCCAGCGGCGGAUCAGGGCUGCCGCCGCACUGGGAGGAUCAGAGCUACUUCAGCGAGCCGGAGUUCGACAGCGAGUACCAGCACCAGCACAUCCACAAGAGCAAGACGGCGAAGAAUUCGACUUCCGGCAGCAGCGGCUACUACGUCGGCGGAAGCAGCACGUUGCCACGUGGUGGCCAGCUGAUGAGGGCGUACAGUCCGGCCGCGUCGUCCGUCGUGGGCGGUCCGACCGCGACGCCCACGCAACCGAAACCUCUGGCCACAUCAGGUGGUGGCGGGGUGCCGCCGGCCAAGCCGCUUCGCAGCUACCAGUGUGUUAAGAGUCCCCUUGGAAGCCUCGGGGGCUCGGCUCGCUUCUCUAGAGACAGCUCGGUCUCCCUCUAUAGUAUAGCAGAUCGACUCCACGAGACCGGCUACAUGAGCAGUCCGGAGAGAGGCGGCGGCGUCAGCUCCGGAUCCGGAAGAUACCCGGCCGGACCCUACAGCGCCGGAAGCAGCUACGAAGACCCGUACUACUCCCAGUACUCGGGCACCGUCACCCCGGUCAUCGACGAGGAAGCCAGUGGAUGGUGCAGCGAUACGGAGCUGUUGGAGGAAUCGUACAGCCUAUACGGUGUGAAACCGUCAGGCCGUCAGCCAUCCGGUCCUCCGCGAUCCCCGUUUCCUCCAGGGGCGGCACCACCUCUGCCACCCAGUGGUCAGAGCUACGACGCUACUCGGAUACGGGUGGAGCACAUGGAGAGACAGUUGGCCAACCUGACGGGGCUUGUGCAGAAGGCUCUGACCCACGCCCCUCACACGAGCCCGUCACCCAGGGAUUAUCUGCAGGUGCCAGCGGGUCGCGACCCUUACGCGAGGGCCCCAGGCGCCGGGGACGAGUUCGACAAACACUCUAGUUCCAGCUCUGCCUCAUUGCCAGUGUCUCAACCUGCCGUUACAGAUGACUCGUACUUAAGGACUGACGUAAAACCACCAAAGUUAGGCAAAGACAAGUCGGUGUCGUUCGAAAAGUCAGUGUCCUUCAGUGACGAGCCACCGGACAUGAACUCACCUAAGCAGCAUUCCCCGCAACACGCAGCGGACACUAAGCCAACGAAACCGGCGAUCAAAUCCUCCACGUUGCCGAGGAUGUCUUCGCAAGAGCGGGACAGGCACAAGCCGACUCCUCCGCCGAAGCCAGCGGCCUUGGUGGCCGGUCAGUACGUCUACCGGGACCUGGCACUCACGCCGGAAAUGUACAACCAGCUGCGAGGCCUGCAGAAGAAGGCGAAGGACCUCAGGCAAGAGGUCAGGAACCUGAGGCGCAUGUCUCAGGCGCAGGCGCACACCGUCAGAGAAACUAUCAGGGACACGUUCAUCACCAUCAGAGCCAUGUUAUUGUCUGGCGGGGACGCCUCCUGGAGCGCUGGGGACGCCGAGAAGAUGCGACUGAGCCGCGAGGAAGACCUCUACAAGCAAGAGAUGCUGAGGCUGGAAAAAGAUCUGACCGAGCUGGAGAGCACGGUGGAGGAACUCCGUGGCAACGUCAUCAACAGGAAAACGCGGGUCAACAUGUCCGACGUGGAGAACAUGGCCUUGAUCCUCAGCAAGUCGAGCCAAACGGUGGCGGAUCUGAAGGUGCGGUUCCCGGGCCUGCAAGAGGGCCUGAAGGGCCUCUUGAGCUCCGAGAUGGAGAAGGUCGUGCGCGAGGAGAAGUUCCUCAAGGAGGAGCCGGAACGAUUGGAGUCCGCGCUAAGGCGCUGCAAGAAACUGACCGGUACCCUCGUGACGCUCAAACGCUUGGCGUCGGUGCAAGAGCAGCGAUUACCAAACGCGACGAGCGUGGACGCAGAGGAGACGCCUCCGAUCACACCCACGUCUGCCCAACAUUCCAAGGCACCUGCCCCUGUGCCAGCGGAACGCACUGUCGUGGGGUCAGCGAGCGUCAUCGGGGGAGGGUCCCACCCUCACGAGCCACCCACCGCCCAUCAGCAGCGUCCGGAGAACGCACUCGACGCUCUGUUAGACGAGCUGCAGACCUUCUCGCGGCCGAGCUCCCAGCUGGGCCACGUGUCCGGCUCGUCGUCGAUCCUGUCCGAGAUGGGCAGGUCGGGCAGCAGAGAAGCCGCCAUUCCACCGGUCACCGGGACACCUGGACGAGCGCCGUGCAUCUCGGAGAUCGGGAGAAAGGGCAGCGUGGACUCGUCCAGCGGUGUCCUGGCCGUCAGCGGGGCCGUGGUGAGCGUGGCCGCGGCACAGGCCCCCGGCGGGACCCUCAGGCGGUUGCAUUCCUACCCAUCUAGCUCGGACACGGACACCUCGCCGCCGAUAGCGAGACUGCAGGUGACUCUGCAGGACCAGCCGAGCCUGCCGCUGUUGCCGCAGGGUUUCGUGCCGGGCCAGAAGCCGCCAGUUCCCGAGAGGAACGCGGAGCUGUUACAGUUAGCCACCGCCAGACGGGUGCCGCCCCCUCCACCGCCGCGAACCAGCUCCAGAUCCCCAUUGGCCAGUCCCACCAGUCCCCAGUUGCCGCCCAGGAAUCACGCCUGCAACCUGCAGACCGGCAACUCCACCCUGCGCAGGCCGCCAGCCCGUGGGACCAUGCCGAAAGAGGGCAAGCCGCCCAUGGCGCUGCCGGCGGAGGCAACCAACAACGCGACGGCGACCUUAGAGCCCGGCCUCCACAACUCCUCGUCCUCCCAGUCGUCCGCGGUGUUGUCCGCGAGCAACUCGAGCUCCUGCGAGAGCGUGAACUCGCAGGAGGGGAUGCAGAGCCGAAAGGGCAGGCAGGAGCAGCUGGAGCAACGCCACCAAGAGCUGCUGCGCAAGCAGAAGGCGUUGCAGGAGCAGUACGCGCGGCUCCAACAGCUGCAGAGGAACACCGCUGGCCUGGCAGCCGUACCGCCGGCCCCGCCCGACCUCCUCAAGAAGACCGGCUCCGAGAGCAACCUGCUGGCCAAGAUGGGCCUGGGCCUCAGCACCGCCAGUUCAGGCUCGCUGACCAGCCUGACCGGCAAACCGUCAAUUUCUCAGGAGUCUUCCGUGGACGGGCAACAGCCUCCGCGACCGGAGGAGAACAACGGGGAGCAGGAAGCUGCGAAGACGGUCGGCAACUCGAUCUCCAUCGGGCCAGGAAACGGGCCGAGCAACGCCGCCGUCUGCGCCGAGAGCAACGACCAAUCGGCUGGCGCCGCGGCGACGACCGGCAACGCCGUGUCGACCGUCGCGCCGAACGCGACCACCACCACGACCACCAGCAAAAUCUACGAGACCGAUAUUCUGUGACCGAGAGGUCGGUCCUCCUUGAUCAAGAUCACCGCCGAGGCCGUGCUUGCGAGUUAACCCCGCCCACCGGCGCCGAACGGCCGGCCCCUGGGCGUGGCCAGCCGGGUCACCGCCCGUUUGCCACGCGGCGGGGCUCCCGCCGCGGGGUGAGGGGCCUCGCGCGCGCGCGCUCGAUUAUCAUUAUAAAACGUACGACCACACACACAGACACACACAGGACGCUUUUCAGUAUUAGGACGAAUCGAAUUCGACGGGUCAGUCUCUGUAAACGGUAGACGGUCUGCGAACCGUUCCGGAAACGGAACGGUCGCCGGGAAUGUAGGGAGUACUGCGUAGAGAAUGUUUAGAGCGAGUCACGCGUUAUUUAUAAUAUCGAAUAUCAUAAUUAAACGGUAAUAGUAUUAAUAAUCGUAAAACGGGAUGUGUCCGGAGACGCGUGUAAUCGAAGCGUUGAUUCCUCGGCCGAGUUUCGGGUGAUCCCGGUGUCCGCGAGGCUCGAGUGGCUUCUACGAAGGCUCGAGCGACCCCUUUCGCAACGACUGUGCCAAAAAUUAUCGAUGGAAACACAAUCGGCACCCAUCGACUCACGCCGCCCUCGCAUUUUUUAAUCGAUACAUUGCAAGCAAGCAAGCAAGCGCACACUGUGUCGGUGUGCUCGCUAUAUCCUACGAUACAUAUACGACGGGGGAAAAUUUAUAUUUAAACGAGUAUUUAAGAUAGGGUAGACUAUUGAGACACAUCGAAUCAUGUAAAUUGCGCCGGACUGGGUGGAGAAUCGUCUAAAAAAAGGAGGAUGUUAUUGUCGAGCGAUGUUUAUUUCUUCUUUUAUGUAGAUUAUUAUUAGAUCUUUUUAUGUAGAUUAUAUGUUCGUUCGUUCAUUCGGAAACGAUUUCCAUCCUGUUCCGUGCAAUCCUCGUUCGAGCACCGUUCUCCCUUUUCUAGUAAUCGACGAGAAGGUGGCGAUGAUCGAGAAUAAGUCGGGCGAAAAUGACCGUGAAGGGGCGGAGGUUGAAUCAGCAAAUGCGAGGGGGCGUGGUCGGUGAGGAUUGAGGGCGGAGAUUCCGAGGAUCGAUGAAUUUAUUCGACGGACAGAGGCAAAGAUUGAAAGGAACAUUGCUCAAUAUUUACCGGUCGAAACGCGGCGGCGAGCAUCGCGACUCGCUUCGAUGGUUGCUCCGCGUGGGCGUGCACCGUUCAAGAUCGUGUCGAUGGGCGGAGCCGAGUCGCCGAACGGCCCGCCGCUUUCUACGCUACACAAGAUUCAUUCCUAAUUACACUUAGCCAAUUAAUUGAUUCGCUUGGAUCGCAUCAGCUCGUCGAUAGUUCACCCUUCGAUCCUGUUUCGUGCGGCGAACACGCCGGCGAUGGGCCGAGCGAGAACGAUGGGCGGCGCAUGUGGCCCCGCCCCGAGCGAAUCCGGGAAACCGAUUGGAGAAGACGAUCUGUUUUACGUUACCGACGUUUUACGUUCGAGUUUGUGCGCCGAGUAGCGGAUUCGUUUCGAUUUAGAGAUUCUCUGUUUACGAUUUGUCGAUGUUAUACUCAACAGAUCUCGUCGAACAACGUUUCUCUUCGCUUAGGAAGGCGUUCCAGCCCCGAUGGAGAACGACGAAAGAAAUGAGAGGGAGGAGAAGAAAUCGGAGAAGAAGGGUGUGUUCCCGACGCUCGACAGACAUCCGAGAUAUACCUAUAUAAUCGAUACACGCAUACUUUUGCUUCGCGAGGCCUAAUAGCCUAUAGAUUCGACUCAGUGCUUGCCUCAAAACAACCCGUUCGUUUACCGGUUACGUUACUUCGAAUCGUGCGCCAUUUCGCCACUCCACGCGCCCCCCAGUUCCCCCGCGCCUUCUUUGAUCGCCGUAUUCGGCAACUUAAACAUAGUGGAUUAGUCAGGUUUCGUCUUGCUACACUUGCGAGUGAUCGUGCUCUCAUUUAUUUUCUACAUAAACAGCCAGGAAAACACAUCUAUAUGGAAGUAAUAAUUAAAUAUUUAACGAUAAGAGUAAUAAAUACGUGCGUAAGAAUAUGGAUAAUAACGAGGAUCAUCGAUCGCAGUUUCAAUUCUGUUCCAGCGAGUGUGCGUUUUAAACGAGACAAGACGCGAUAGACGAUCCCUGUCCACCCCUCCCGACCCGCCCCCGUUACACCACCCCGCCCACCAUCCAUUUUCCGACAAACGAGAGCACAGUCUUGUUCCGAUCGCGCUGCCCACGAUCGGACCUGUAUAUUGUUCCAUUCACGGAUAGUAGGUACUUACAUACACGCAAUCUACAGCCGACAUUGCAUUUGUACAAAGCUGCUUUCUACCGAUGCAUCCCCGAAUUCUCUCUCGUGCUUAGUUUUUUCCUCGACGAUCCUGUCCUAUUGUUCUUUCUUGUCGUCGAUUAACUUCAUCCUCGCUUCUCAUUGGUCAACGUUUUAUUUAUACAUAUAUAUACAUAUAUAUUUUUUGAGGGACUACGUUGCUCCAGCUUGAAUUCCCCGCCUUAGGGCCAACCUCUCUUGAACUCGCCACGCCCUUGGCCCCUCCCACGCUCCCCCCACUACUACUCACUUACCCGCCUACCGAGCAACAAGUUUUCUCUCGCGAGAAAAAAAUCGACGCAGAGCGGGACGACCCGAGUACCAAUUUAAUUUCAUCCGUAACAUUAGCCGAUAUUAUCGAUAUCUAAUGUUUCCCGACGAUCCUGUACGCCAAAUCGAAUUGACUUGUUACAUUUGUAAAUGUUUGUAAGUACUAUCACGUAAUAAAAUAAUCGAUUAAAUAAUCACC